AUGAUGACCAAGACCCUCGCCCUCGUCGCCACCACCCUCGCCGUGGCCGUCACCGCCAACCCCACCGUGGGCUACGCGGGCUACUUCUACGAGAACUGCACCACCCCCAGCAUCGACGCGGGCAACGCCUACGCGGGCUCGUGCCUGAACGUCGAGAACUUCCCCAUCAAGUCGUUCACCGCGUACGUCGAGUCCGGCAGCUGCGCCGACGGCACCUCGGCCGUGCUGCACACCUACACGGCCUCGGGCUGCGACGAGUCCACCCUGUUUGAGACCGUCAGCGUCGACACCGAGAAGCAGUGCUUCGAGGCCGAUGUGACCCUGGUCAGCAUCAAGUCGGAGUGUGUUUAG